AUGUAUCGUAACACCGCUGCUCUGCUGCUCCUCGGCCUUAUUGCCGCAGUGAACGCUGCCUCGCUGUCAUCCCCGGCAUCGGACAAAUGGAUGCUGAUCCCGGACGGUAACGGUCGGUUGCAUCUGGCCAACCUGAACCCGUACAACAUUGAUGAGACGGUUCCGGAGCCUCAUUUCACUGCCGGUACUGACACCAUCUUCCGGCUGUACACCCGCGCCAACCGGGACACGCCACAGGUCGUUCAACUGGGACAGGCCCCCACGCUGUCCGCAUCGAACUUCAACCCAGCCAACCCGACCCGCUUCAUCAUCCACGGAUGGAACAACAACGGUUUCUCGGAGGUGAACAUGAUGCUGAAAGAUGCCUGGUUGACUCGGGACGAGUUCAACGUGUUCACCGUCGACUGGGGAGUCGGUGCUGAGACGAUCAACUAUCCCUUCGCCCGGGCGCGUGUCUCUGCCGUUGGCAACGUGGUGUCGACCUUCAUUAACUUCCUGCAGGCCAACACCGGUAUCAGCUACGGAAGCGUUAGCAUCGCCGGACACAGUCUCGGUGCGCAUGCCGCCGGUAACGCGGGCUUCUUCCAGUCUGGACGGCUGAACACGAUCUUCGGCAUGGAUCCGGCAUUGCCUCUGUUUUCGUUGGACAGCAACGAUCGCAUCACGCUGAAUGACGCACAGUACGUCGAGUCGAUCCACACCAAUGCUGGCCUGCUGGGCUUCGAUCUACCCCUUGGACAGGCUUCGUUCUAUCCGAACGGAGGACGCACACAGCCAGGUUGUGGUGUCGACAUCGCCGGCGCAUGCGCUCACGGUCGCGCCUACGAGUUCCUCGCCGAGUCGAUCGUUUCCGGUGGGUUCACCUCGGUACAGUGCGGUUCGUACGAUGAAAUUCUUACCGGAACCUGCAGCGUGGCGGGUCCGAGCCGUCCGAUGGGUGGAGAGCCGUCGAACUUUGACACCGGUACCUCGGGCGUCUUCACGCUGACUACCCGUGCCGCUACUCCUUUCUCGCUGGGAUAA